AUGAUAGCUGGCUACUGUCCCAUCUGCGAGAUUCAGAUGUCGCUAAAGUUUCUAGGUGCCAUCGCCGACGCGUUACAAGAGGCCGGUGGCCCAUGGAACAGGAAUAGACCCACGAAGAACAAGUACCCUGUUCUCCGUCAGGGUUGGCACCUGGGACGCCUUCAGCUCCAGGGUGUGAUAGAUCUGCUCGAAGUCUCGGUGAAAUAUGAAGCUCGGUGGGACGCGGAACAUCGGGACAAAGUCGCUGCUGCGCGAAGGACUAAUAGUUCCACAAAGGCCCUCCAGGUAGCAGAAAUGGAGCAUAGAUAUCCAGCCCUCAUCUCCAAGACUGUGGCGAGGGGGACAAAGCGAAAAUCCUCUGUGCCAGAUGUCAACUUCCAAGAAAUUAUGGCCACUCCUACGAACCCGGCGCACAUGCUUCUCUUCGCGACGACCUUACAGAAAGAGUUUGAUGAGCUUCACGAAGGCGUGUCUCUUCGGCCUGGUCAAUCCCAAGGGCUGGUCGGGUCACAUCCUGGCGUGAAAGUCAUCUCAGAUUUUCUUGAGAAUUUCCAAGAGCAGCAGCACGGACACCGUGAAGAACUGAAGGAGAUGGUUCACUACGCGGAUGCAAUGAUAGUGCUUGUCAAUGAAAACAAGGUACUGGACGUGUUCUUGUCUCAUUCUGACUACAUCGAGGACGAGAAUUAUGAAGAUGACGAAGUGGAUCAAUCUCGUUGGACUUGCCUCGGGGAGGUUUUGGCCAAUGUGGAAGCCGGCUAA